AACACAAAAUCAAUGGAAAUAUUUAAACGUUACUGCAAUUGUGGAUACGGAACAUUAAGUUGCACUGUAGAGCCAAUUAAAUAUUUUAACAUAAGUAAGGUUUAAAAAGUAAUACUUUCAAAAUGGCAGGCAACACCAUGGCAGCGACGAGAAUGGCUACGACUUUCCCUUGUAAUAACUGUGCCGGACAGGGAAAGAAUAAAAUAGCUGUCGGCUGGUGUGACAAGUGUAUGAAGUUCCUGUGUACUCCUUGUAAAAAGCGGCAUCAGAAAUUAAAAUUUUCCUCAAAUCAUAGCUUCAUGCCAGUUGAAGAUUACCACAUCUUUUCUCUCAGAAAGGAGCGCCCAAUAAUGUUUUGCCGAACACAUCCUUCCAAAGUUAUAUCGAUGUAUUGUCGGUUUCACAAUCAUACUAUCUGUGAUCUAUGCAAAAAAGACAUAACUCAUUUCAACUGUAAGACACUCGACAUAAACUCAGACGGAACAGGUGCCCGGAACUCGUUUGCUAUAAAUGAUCUCAAUCAGAGGCUGAGAGAGUCUAGUCUUACAUUCGGUAAAAUUCUUAAAAAUAGAAAUAAGAAUUUGAAGGCGCUAGAUAGACAGAAAGAAACAAUUGUUAAUCAAGUACAAUCAUUUCGUGAGAAUAUGAGGAAAGCCAUAGAAAUAUUGAUCAAGAAGCUCUUGGAAGAUGUUGAUAUAGACAUGACUGACUACAAGACAAGACUUCAAACUCAAAUCGACGAUCUUAAAGAAAAGAGAAAAGCAAUUGCUUCACAUCUUGAAAUGAUUGAGGAAUUACAGCUGGUCGGUUCGAAUGCAGAAACAGUAAACUUCAUUCAAGACUGUGCCCAUAUACAAACCCGACAUGAGAGAUAUCUGCUUAGCCUACCCGAAAGUGUUAAAGAUUUGAAACUCGACUUGUCCAUUAAAGAAAGCUUCCAGAAACUCCUCAAUGCUGAAAAGCUUGGUGGAAUUCGAUUGACAGAAACGGAGGUUGAAAUAGAUGUCCCAAAGAAUACGGAUCGAACUCAAAUUCCGUAUUCGGCUCAUCAGUUAGGCUUUGAUCCGCAUUUAUGUAGCCCUGUUCAUGUUGAUAUAGAUAUCCUAACUGUGAGAGAAAACGAGUAUAAUAAUUAUAGAAAUAGAACAUUGUCACCGAUAACACCAAAACAGACGAUCAAGAAUCGCCUGGAGAACACCGUCAGUUUCGAGCGGAAAGCUUUAGUUCCAACGUUUUACCUGUCUUCAGAUUUUGUUGUACCAACUGAAGAGAAGAAUGACGUGAUGAUAACAGGGGUACUCAUUCUAGAUGACGGUAACCUCCUUCUGGCAGACGGCAAGAAUAAACGUCUACUCAAUUGUACAGAAGAAGGUUCCGUCUUAGAUGUAUAUCCCCUAAAAGAUGAACCGUUUGACUUUACUUUGGUUGAUUCUAAUAGGGUUUUUGUCACACUGCCUUUUAAAAAAUAUUUUCAAGUUGUCUAUCCGAAAGAAAAAGAAAAGCGAAAAAUAGUAGAACUAACGUAUGGGUGUUUUGGAAUAACUAAAAUGAACAAGCUUUUAGUAGUGGCGUGUAAAACGGAAGGGUUAUUAGUAAUAGAUCAUCGUGGUCAAAUAUUAAAUACAAUUAUUACACCAGUUAGUUACCGUAACUAUGUUCAUUCAGCUGGGAAUAAAAUCUAUUUUACCAAUGACGAUGACAGUUCCUUCAUUUGCUUCGAUAGUUCUGGAGAUAUUAUUUACAAGUUUAAGUAUAACGGAUCUAUAUUUAAAGGGAUCACGUCUUUACCAGAGGGGAAAGUUCUAGUGAUCAAUUACGGGUCAUCGCCUCAUGUUUUGGAAAUUUCGACCGAUGGAAGCAAGUUUUUGAUCGAUGAACCAGCUUUUGAAUGUUUAUCUCUACCGUAUGCGAUCAAUUACAAUAGAACAUUAAGAAAACUUAUUAUAUCGAGCGAAUGUGGGAAAAGGAUAUUUGUUUAUAGACAGUAAUAUGUGUACUUCCCCUUUUUCUUGAUUGUAACUUAUUGAUCUUUGAAAUGCAUUUUGAUUUGAUUUUAGGAAAUAAA